AUGAAGAAAGAGUCUGUGUGCUGCUGCUUGUCUCUGAUCCCCAGCAGGGACACUGUUCGUUUCUACCUGCUCGGCGUGCUCAUUGCUCUUUACAUGCUGGCUGGAGCUGCCAUAUUUUCUUCCUUGGAGAGACCGGCGGAGUUACAGGCACACCAGCUCUGGGAAAAGAGGCUGAAGGACUUCAUUCGCGAGCAUAAAGUCAGUCGUGAAGACCUGAAAAAGCUGCUGCGCCACUAUGAAGAAGGCAGGACAGCGGGCAUCCGGACAGAUGGAGGACGAGCUUUAUGGGACAUGUCUGGUGCCUUCUACUUUGUGGGAACUGUCGUCUCCACUAUUGGAUUUGGAGUGACUGCCCCAUCCACUGUAACAGGGAAGGUCUUGCUUGUUUUCUAUGGGUUGCUGGGCUGCUCAGCGACACUGCUCUUCUUCAAUCUCUUCCUGGAGAGAGUCAUAACGUUUCUGAGCCUCCAGAUAUUCUGGUGCCACCGAAGGAGAAGCAGAGACAGCGGUGCAGCGGAGGGCAGAGCCAGGGAAGGUAAAAGGAAUGAAGAAUGGAAACCGUCUGUGUACCAUGUCACACUCGUUCUUCUUGUUGUGGUCUUGCUGGUUGCUUGUGGGGCUGCCUCCAUCUAUGCAGCCAUGGAGGGUUGGAAUUACUUUGAGUCGCUCUAUUUCUGCUUUGUGGCGUUCAGCACCGUGGGCUUUGGCGACUUUGUUAGCGGCCAGAGGGAGCACCAUGAGGACACCUGGGCGUACCAGGUUGCUAACUGUCUCCUGAUGCUCCUGGGAGUGUGCUGCACUUACUCCCUUUUCAACGUCAUCUCUGUGAUCCUUAAACAGGGACUCGACCGGAUGCUGAGGACACUGGCCCGGAUGUACAGGGGAAUCUGUCACUUUCGACUUCAGCUCAGACUUCUAUUCAAACUCACUUAUUCCGACUCUGAGACAACUCUAUGUUAUUCUGAGGAUGACACUCUGCACAGAAAGCAGCUGCAAACAGUUCCCAGUUCAGCCCACAGCAUGCCGUGGCGCUCCCGUGCCCCAAGUGCCAUUGGUAAAUGUCUUUGUGAUGAAGCCGAAGUGGAAACAGUGUGCCACUUUGACUAUGACAGGACAGAAAAAGGGCAAGAUAUUAACUCAUAUGAAAAUAAUGUUGUCUAUAUUAGACCACUACCCACCUGUGUAGAUUAAAAUAUUUGUGAAACGAAGUGACAAAAUUUUAUCUGAAUAACUUUUUCUUUAAUUUCAGGCUCUUUUGUUGUUCGGAGGACAUUUAUCAUAAUGAUAACUUUAUCUUGAACUGUAAGGGUUAAGAAUCGCCAAUUAAAACAGGUGGGAAGGACACAUUCUUCACAAUGAAGAGCAGUGUUAAACAUAGGGCUGGGAAAUAAGACAAUCAUCUCAAUAUAAUUUUCUUUAAUAGCCAAAUAAAAGCAAACAAAUAUAUAUCAAUAUGAUGCUUAUACAUUAGCCAAUUGAGGAGAUGUAACAUAAAUUGAGGAGAUGUAACAGAUGUAACAAGUUAUUAUUUAAUAUUAAUAAUAAAAUAUUACUAUUUAAUAUUUUAUUUUGAUAACCAAAUUUAUUGAAUGCCGAAAGGCACACCAUUUUAUGGUAUUACGUUUAAUGCAUUAUGGCACAACACUGGAUAGACAUGUUGCAUAUCAAUUAUCAUGCCUGUGGUUUUUCAGGCCGACUAAUUUCAUUGAGUCAUCAGCAAGUUUGAACACAUGGCUGCUACAUCAUACGUGAGCAGUCAAUUGUAUAUAAGAUAAAAAGAUUAGAAAUGUUAAGACUCCAGUGAGAUCACAGAUGCUAUUUGGAGGACAAAGCACCACGGGGACUCAAAAAAUCCCCUGUCCAGUCUGUGAGAUUUUGAUAUCUUUCAAAAUCAUAUAGGGAUAUGGCUGGUUAUUGUACAGAGCAGAGGCAACACUGGAACACUCAUUGCACAUCUUCCAGUUUUUUGUCAUUUGUUUCAUGUCCAUCUUUGAUCAAUGUAUUGUCGACAUCAACGAUAGGCUGUGAAUAAACUUAGAGAAAUGACAGCUCCACAAAAGUGAAGCCAAAGUGUCUCAAUCGACACCUGGUGGCUGUCUGCAGUAUAGGUCAUAAAUCUAUGUUAGUGGAUGAGACGUGGAGUAUACUAAACUGUUUAAGUUUUUCUCAAAGAUGUUUUCUCUAAGUUUGCCUCUGCCUGCUGCACCACCCCUCACUUGAACAAUCCCCCGAAUUCUAUGUUACGUGUCUGAGUGCAUUUUUCCGCUUCAUUGUAGAUGUGAGACAUAACCCUCUGAUGAAGUCGCCGAUCAUAUCUACCAAGCUCAUUCCACACCUUGACUAGGUGGUUUGUCUUUCCAACAAGACAUGUUGACACAUGUUCACUUCAAGUGGUUCACCUUAAUCUGUUA